GAUCAUUUUCUCCACUCUCGCCGUACCCAGCAUGCACAGAGGAGCGCCAGAGGAGCUAUGAGCGAACCGAGCUGUGGAUCCGUGAGCCCGGCGUCGGAGUGACUGGGGGCUCGGAGUGAAACGCCCGGCUGGACAUAAAGCGCUGGACGCUCCUUUAACCAAGACAGGACGGCUGAUACGCGCUCAGCAACGGCCAUGGCUGCGUCCGAGCUGUACACAAAGUAUGCCCGGGUGUGGAUUCCCGACUCUGAAGAGGUUUGGAGGUCAGCUGAACUGACGAAGGAUUACAAACAGGGAGAUACUGUACUGCACCUUCAGCUGGAGGAUGGCACGGAUCUGGAGCACAAGUUGGACCCGAAGACGAAGAACCUGCCACACCUGCGGAAUCCCGACAUCCUGGUGGGAGAGAAUGACCUGACGGCUCUGAGUUACCUGCACGAACCGGCCGUGCUGCACAACCUCAAAGUGCGCUUCAUCGACUCCAAACUCAUCUACACCUACUGCGGUAUUGUGUUGGUGGCCAUUAACCCGUACGAGACGUUGCCCAUCUAUGGUACGGACAUCAUCAAUGCCUACAGCGGCCAGAACAUGGGGGACAUGGACCCCCACAUAUUCGCAGUGGCGGAGGAGGCCUAUAAACAGAUGGCCAGAGAUGAGAGGAAUCAGUCCAUCAUCGUGAGCGGAGAGUCCGGGGCAGGGAAGACCGUUUCGGCCAAAUAUGCUAUGCGUUACUUCGCGACAGUCAGCGGCUCGGCCAGCGAGGCAAACGUGGAGGAGAAAGUGCUGGCCUCCAAUCCCAUCAUGGAGGCCAUAGGAAACGCAAAGACCACCAGAAAUGACAACAGCAGUCGCUUUGGGAAGUACAUUGAGAUCGGCUUCGAUAAGAAGUAUCAUAUCAUUGGGGCGAACAUGAGGACGUACCUGCUGGAGAAGUCUCGAGUUGUGUUUCAGGCGGACGAGGAGAGGAAUUAUCAUGUCUUCUACCAGCUCUGUGCCUCCUCCCAUGUCCCAGAGUUCAAGGCCCUGAAGCUCGGCAGCGCUGAUGUUUUCCACUACACCAAGCAGGGCCGGAACCCGGUGAUUGAUGGCGUGGACGACGCAAAAGAAAUGUCCACCACCAGGAACGCUUUCACACUACUGGGUAUUAAUGAGUCAUAUCAGAUGGGGCUGUUCCAGGUGCUGGCGGCCAUCCUGCACCUCGGCAACGUGGACGUGAAGGACAGAGACGCUGACAGCAGCAUCAUACCGCCCAAUAACAGCCACCUCAUGGUGUUCUGUGAGCUGAUGGGCGUGGCCUAUCAGGAUAUGUCCCACUGGCUGUGCCAUAAGAAGCUGAAGACGGCGGCGGAGACCUACAUCAAACCUAUCCCCAAACUGCAGGCCAUCAACGCCCGGGACGCUCUCGCCAAGCACAUCUACGCCAAACUCUUCAACUGGAUCGUCGACCACGUCAACAAAGCGCUGCACUCCACCGUCAAACAGCACUCCUUCAUCGGCGUGCUGGACAUUUACGGGUUUGAAACCUUCGAGAUCAAUAGCUUUGAGCAGUUCUGUAUCAAUUACGCCAACGAGAAGUUACAGCAGCAGUUUAACAUGCACGUGUUUAAGCUGGAGCAGGAGGAGUAUAUGAAGGAGCAGAUUCCGUGGACUUUGAUUGAUUUCUAUGAUAAUCAGCCCUGCAUUAACCUGAUCGAGGCGAAGAUGGGCGUCCUGGACCUGUUAGAUGAGGAGUGCAAGAUGCCUAAAGGUUCUGAUGACUCUUGGGCUCAGAAGCUGUAUAACACUCACCUGAAGACGUGUUCUCUGUUUGAGAAGCCGCGCAUGUCCAAUAAAGCCUUCAUCAUCCAGCACUUUGCAGACAAGGUGGAGUAUCAGUGCGAAGGCUUUUUGGAGAAGAACAAAGACACAGUGAAUGAAGAACAGAUUCACGUGUUGAAGGCCAGUAAGAAGUUUGACCUGCUGGUGGAGCUGUUCCGGGAUGAGGAGAAAGCCACCAGCCCGACUGGAGUGGCUCCUGCCACAGGGGGGCGCACUCGCCUCAGCGUCAAACCAGACAAGGGCAAACCAGACAAGUCCAGCAAGGAGCACAAGAAGACAGUGGGACUGCAGUUCCGGAACUCUCUGCAGCUCCUGAUGGAGACGCUGAACGCCACAACGCCGCACUACGUCCGCUGCAUCAAACCCAAUGACUACAAAUACGCCUUCACGUUUGAUCCAAAGAGGGCAGUGCAGCAGCUGAGGGCAUGUGGUGUGCUGGAAACGAUCCGCAUCUCUGCUGCAGGAUUUCCAUCCAGGUGGACCUACCAGGAGUUCUUCAGCCGCUACCGUGUUCUGAUGAAGCAGAAGGACGUCCUGCCUGAUAAGAAGAUGACCUGUAAGAAUGUUUUGGAGAAGCUGGUGCAGGAUCCAGAUAAGUACCAAUUUGGAAAGACGAAGAUAUUUUUCCGGGCGGGGCAGGUGGCUUAUCUGGAGAAGCUCCGGGCGGAUAAACUACGAGCUGCCUGCAUCCGCAUCCAGAAGACCAUCCGCUGCUGGCUGGCCCGCAAGAAGUACCUGCGCAUGAAACACGCCGCGAUCACCAUCCAGAGAUACGUCCGAGGAUACCAGGCCCGCUGCUUGGCUACUUUCCUGCGCCGCACGAGAGCUGCCACCAUCAUCCAGAAAUACCAGCGGAUGUACGUGGCGAGAAGCAGCUACAGGCGCAAACAGGCAGCCGCUCUGGCCAUGCAGUGCAUCCUCCGGGCGUUUAUGGCCAGGCAGCUGUACAGAGCGCUGCUGCGGGAGCAUAAGGCCAUCAUUAUUCAGAAGAUGGUCCGGGGCUGGUUGGCUCGUCAGUGGUACAAGCGCUCUCUGGCCGCCGUGGUUUACCUGCAGUGCUGCAUGCGGCGCAUGAGGGCCAAGCGCGAGCUGAAGAAGCUGAAGAUCGAAGCUCGGUCUGUCGAACACUACAAGAAGCUCAACAUCGGCAUGGAGAACAAAAUCAUGCAGCUGCAGCGCAAGAUCGACGAUCAGAAUAAGGAUAACCGCUCUCUGACUGAGCGCCUGAGCGGGUUGGAGGUGACCCAUGCUGCGGAGAGCGAGCGUCUGCGGAGGGAGCUGAGCCGGUUACGCUGCGCUGAGGAGGACGCCAAGAACAGCAAUAACAGAGUGAUCACGCUGCAGGAGGAGCUGGAGCGUCUGAGGGCGGAGCUACAGAACACACAGAAGGAGAAAAAGGCCAUAGAGGAGUGGGCACAGAAAUACCAGGACGAGAUGGAGCAGAUGAUCUCGGAGCUGAAGGAUCAGAACAACCUGCUGAAGAACGAGAAGAACGACUUAAACCGGCUGAUUCAGGAACAAGGCCAGCAGUGGACAGAGAAAAUGCAGAGGGCUCUGAAGGAGGAGACGGCUCAGCUGGAGACAGAUCUGAACGAGGAACGUUCGCGCUAUCAGAACCUCCUCUCAGAGCAUCUCCGCCUGGAGGAGAAAUACGACGACCUCAAGGAGGAGAUCUCACUCACCGUGAAUGUCCCGAAGCCGGGCCACAGGAGAACCGACUCCACACACAGCAGCAACGAAUCAGAAUAUACCUACAACUCAGAGUUCGCCGAGUCAGAGGAGGGGUCACGAGGAGUGGAGGAUGUGACGAAGGCAUCUCUGGACAUGGCUCUGUUCCUGAAGCUGCAGAAGCGAGUGACGGAGCUGGAGCAGGAGAAACAGGGGCUUCAAAACGAGCUGGACCGCAGAGAGGAGCAGUUUCAGCGGGCUAGAGCCAGGGAUGAUGAAGAGCACAAGAAAGCUCGGAGCGCAGAACUGGAGUAUGAAUCUCUCAAGCGUCAGGAGCUUGAAUCAGAGAAUAAGAAGCUGAAGCAUAAUCUGAAUGAGAUGCGUCAGUCUCUGAUGAGCAACGCCGGCGCUGUUUCGGCCGCCCCAGGCUCGCCCGCCUACAAGGUUUUGCUGGAUCAAUUAAACUCCUCCAACGAGGAGCUGGAGGUCCGAAAGGAGGAGGUGCUCAUCCUUCGCUCUCAACUGGUCAGCCAGAAAGAGGCUAUGCAGCACAAGGAUGAGAAGGAGACCAUGACUGAGCCGCUGCAUUACGUGGAGGACGUGCAGAAGCUCGGUGAUGCUAAAGAGAUCUCUCAGGCUUACAUGGGCCUCAAGGACACCAACAGGUUGUUGGAGUCUCAGCUGCAGGCUCAGAGGCGUUCUCACGAGUCAGAGUUGGAGGCGUUGCGUGGAGAGCUGCAGAGCGUGAAGGAGGAGAACAACCGGCAGCAGCAGCUCCUCGCUCAGAACCUGCAGCUCCCACCGGAGGCUCGCAUAGAGGCCAGCCUGCAGCACGAAAUCACACGACUGACCAACGAGAACCUGGUGAAUCCCACUGAGGACCCUAAAGCCUACAGAAUCAGCGUUCUGCGGAGGAUGAUUGACCUCAUGGAGCAGCUGGAGAAGCAGGAUAAGACGGUCCGAAAACUGAAGAAGCAGCUCAAAGUGUUCGCUAAGAAGAUAAACGACCUGGAAGGUGGUCAGAUUGAGAACGUGUCUCCAGGUCAGAUGGCAGAUGAGCCGAUCCGUCCAGUCAGCAUUCCACGCAGAGAGAAAGAUUUCCAGGGAAUGCUGGAGUAUAAGAAAGAGGACGAGCUCAAGUUGGUGAAGAAUCUCAUCCUGGAGCUGAAGCCACGUGGUGUAGCGGUGAAUCUGAUUCCCGGUUUGCCGGCCUACAUCCUCUUCAUGUGUCUCCGGCACGCCGAUUACAUCAACGAUGACCAGAAAGUCCGAUCACUCCUCACCUCCACCAUCAACAGCAUCAAGAAGAUCCUGAAAAAAAGAGGCGAUGACUUUGAGACGGUGUCGUUCUGGCUGGCCAACACGUGCCGCUUCCUGCACUGUCUGAAACAGUACAGCGGAGACGAGCAAUUCAUGAAGUAUAACAGUCCUAAGCAGAACGAGCACUGUCUGAGUAAUUUUGACCUGGCCGAGUACAGGCAGGUUCUGAGUGACCUGGCCAUUCAGAUUUAUCAGCAGCUCAUUAAGUGCAUGGAGAACAUCCUGCAGCCCAUGAUCGUCUCUGGUAUGCUGGAGCAUGAGACAAUCCAGGGAGUGUCCGGCGUGAAGCCGACAGGCCUGAGGAAGCGGACGUCCAGCAUUGCGGACGAAGGGACCUACACACUGGACUCCAUCAUCAGACAGCUCAACUCCUUCCACUCCAUUAUGUGCCAGCACGGCACUGACCCCGAGCUCAUCAAACAGGUGGUCAAACAGCAGUUCUACAUCGUCGGAGCGGUCACUCUCAACAACCUGCUGCUGCGGAAGGACAUGUGCUCAUGGAGCAAGGGCAUGCAGAUCAGGUAUAAUGUGAGUCAGCUGGAGGAGUGGCUGAGGGACAAGAACCUGAUGGUGUGUGGAGCGAAGGAGACGCUGGAGCCGCUGAUCCAGGCCGCUCAGCUGCUGCAGGUCAAGAAGAAGACAGACGAGGACGCAGAGGCCAUCUGCUCCAUGUGCAACGCUCUUACUACUGCUCAGAUUGUGAAGGUGCUGAACCUGUACACACCUGUCAAUGCUUUUGAAGAGCGAGUGUCAGUAACAUUCAUACGAACCAUACAGAACCGUCUGCGGGAUCGGAAGGAAUCUCCGCAGCUUCUUCUGGACACCAAAAUUAUCUACCCGGUCACCUUCCCAUUCAACCCCUCCUCUCUGGCCCUGGAGACCAUCCAAAUCCCCGGCAGCCUCAACCUGGCCUUCCUCACCCGCGUGUAGAAACCUGUCAAUCACGCCGCCUCGGCCAAUCACGUCAGGAGAAAGAAGAAAAAUAAA